AGUCUCAAAAGAACAAUCAGUGUAGAAAGAGAAAGAACAGGAAUGAAGCAGCUGUAUCAGAAGCUAAAAUAACUCAGAGAGGCAGAGACACUUAAGGAAUAAUUGAAAAACCGACGGAAAGAAAGAAGCAAUGACAAAAAAGGCAAAGUGAAGCAAAAAAUAAAUUCAGGAAGAGUGUGACCUGGACCAGGACUGACCCACCACAGGAUCAGCACAGAGAAAGACUGAACGACUAUGGAUUAUGAACCAAAGAAAUCCAAGAAGGCUUUUGUCUCUCCCAUUAAGCGACUGGUCUGGUCCAAAUCUGGUCGUAGACAAGUUGAUCGAGGAAACAUUUAUCGCCGCCCGCUGCACACCCUCCCCCUCUACCCACCCGACUACCUCAUACACCCCGAGAGACUCAUCUUUGACUAUGUGGAGAAGGAGGUCAAGUUCCUUGGUCACCUGACAUGGGUCUCAGUUUCACUGAACCCCUCCAGUCGAGAUGAGCUGCUACAGCUACUGGACACAGCCAGGCAGCUGAAGGUGCUGCCGCUGAAGACCAGCGUGGACCAGGACUGUAUCCUGAGCCUGUCUGCUCGCUGUCUGCUGCUCACCUGGAGAGACAACGAGAAGCUGCUGAUGAGAAUCCCCACACAUGAGAUCGCUGCUGCCUCCUACCUGAGAGAUGAUGCACUGCACCUCCUGGUCCUCAAGACAGGUCUAAAUGUGGACACUGUGGUUGCUGGGGAUGACAGCCUGGACAGGAAAAAGCCAACUGGCAUCGACGGGCGACGUCAGACCAUGAGCUGCAAUGCUGACCCCCGACCUGCCGGGGGUACGAUGGAGAGGCGACACACCAUCUGUGGAGUUGACUGGAGGCCGUCACUGUCCAGGAGUAACCAUGAUAAAAACCAGAAUGUGGAGAGAGGAGGGGGUGGUGGAGGAGGUGGGGAGAGGGGAGGUGGAGGGAGUUUAGAGAGGAAGAGAGUCGGAGGGAGCUGGGAGAGGAGGCAGCCAACAUGUAAAACAGGAGGGAGCUGGGAGAACCGCAGGGCAAGACCCAUGAGCGGGAACUGGGGGGUGGGAGUAGGUGGAGGUGGUGGUGGGAGCUGGGAGAGGAGGCACGGAGGAGGGGGUGGAGGUGGUGGUGGAGGAGGGAGCUGGGAGAGAAGGGGAGGGGUUGGUGGAGGUGGUGCGGGGAGCUGGGAACGGAGGCAAGCGUGCACGGGGAGCUGGGAAAGGGGGAAGAGCUACGGCAGCUGGGAGAGGAGGAACCACAACCCGCUGGAGCCCACGCCCUGCCCCGACGCCUACUGCAACCUGGUCAUCCUGGCUGUGGAGAACAGGGAUGCUGCAGAGGAGUACUGUUCCCUCAUCUGUCAGAUGUUCCAGAUCAUUUACGGCCAUCAGACCAUCGAAUGUGUUGACAGGGCGGGCUUUCACUACACCAUGCCGGACCGCUAUUGGCUGCAAAGGAGUGACAGCUGUCUGACGGACAUGUCUUACAGUUAUGAUCCAGAGUUUAGCUGCUGCAGCUCAUAUGAUGGUUCCCAAGAUGCCUUCGAUCUCUACUACAGCGAGACAUACAGCGAGAGUUCAUCCAUCUCUCUGCAGGACUCCCAUCGUAGUCUGGCAUCAGUCAGUGAUGCAGGAGACAGUAACCCUGGCCUGCUGCUCAUGCAGGAGUACAUGAUCACUCUGCGUAACAAGCUGGCUCCAGCGGAGCUGCAGAAGUUUGCGGUGUUGCUGAGAGAAUACAGACUGGGAUCAAACAUUGACUACUUCUGCUCUGAGUUGCUGCAACUGUACGGAGACAACCGCAAGUUCCUGCUGCUGGGUAUGCGUCCAUUUAUCCCAGACAAGGAUGUCGGGGCAUUUGAGAGUUUCCUGGAAAGCAUUGGGAUCCGGGAGGGCGGGAUUUUAACCGACAGCUUUGGACGUAUCAAACGCAGCAUGAGCAACAUGUCUGCCACCGCCGUGAGAGGCAGGUAUGAUAAUUGCUCUCUAGCCUCAGGAUCUCAGGAAUUCAACCGACGUAUCACUGACAUCACCCAUGACAUCGAAGCACUCGGUUUCCAGGACACACACGAUGACAUUGAGGAGGAAGACUACUACCUCUGAUGGAGCGACAAACCGAAGGAAUUUAGACAAUCUUUUAACUGUGACUCCACCCUACUGCCUCAUAGCAAGCUCAACACAUCCAUAGACUAUAAAUAUAAAUAGUCUGACAGUACCUGCCUUUUUUAUUUUCAUGUUUUCGAUUGAAAUUCAAGCUCUGAGGACUGAAAAAAAGAGUAAAAAACAUGAGAGAAAUGCACAGUUUGUUAACUGAAAUCCUUAAUUCAGAAUAAGAAACUCAACAAUUAAUUAUUUUAUUAUUAUUUUUCCUUUAAAUUUUGUUUGGCACUAAUGUGUUUUCAACCAAUGGAGUGUGCUUCCUUGCAAAACAAUGCACAUAGCCACUGUCUGGUUUUGAAAUUGUCAUUUUGAAGCACAAGUGACACAUAUUUCAAUAAAAGAGUCAAGUACAAGUACAAAUGCAUUAUAUUACAACAUAAUCACAGAGGUUAAAGGUGUGAGCAUGUGCGUUGUAUGUUUUUAUUUUCACACACUCAAUAACUUGACAA